UCUCAACACAUCAGCUCUUCCUUUGAGUCUGAUCAUUGGACGCUCUUUCCACUCUUUGCUACCACCUAUUCAGUUUCUUUGCUCUUCCUUAGUUUCAAACCUUAGACCACCAUUCUCUAUAGUGAUUCUCUGAAAGAAAUGGCAUCCAGUUCAAUGUCAGCCUCAGGGUCGUGGAGUGUUAAGGACAACAAGGCCUUUGAAAAGGCUCUAGCUGUUUAUGACAAGGACACCCCUGACCGUUGGUACAAUGUUGCACAUGCUGUUGGUGGCAAAACUCCAGAUGAAGUGAAGAGGCACUAUGAACUCCUUGUUCAGGAUGUUCAGCAUAUUGAGUCAGGACGAGUGCCAUUCCCAAAUUACAAGAAAAGUGGAGGAUCUGAGGAGGAAAAAAGGCUGAGGAAUUUGAACAUCCAGUGACCCCACAGUGCCAUCAACAAGAGCAAAUUGAUUUUCUAAUUUUCAUCAACCAACAAUUUUAAUUUCCAGCAUCCUUGUAGUACUACGUGGUGUUAUGUCACACAUAAUUGCUAGUGCAAUAGCGUUAAAGGCUAUGUUAGUCAUAAUAAUCAUAUGUCCGGUGAUUCCAUCUUGUCCUUUCUUGUCGUUGAAACUAGCUAGAAGAGUCAACGACCGUUUCAGUUCCUCAUCUUAAAUAAAUUUAUAAUUUUAUGAUA